AUGGACGGUCGCGAUGAUUGCACCCUUCGGUCGAAAGUCUCUGAUCGGACAAAAACCACCCCGCAAACAGCUAACAACAAUGCUCUCAACAAGGAGCUCGCGCCUGAUAAGCUCACCGUGACAGCGACAGAUUUCGCGCACAUGGAUAACGCCCCUUUUAUUGAUGAGUUGGAGGCUCCUUCCUUUCCGGACAAUACGGCUCGCGAUAUGCCCAUGAUGGAUAUGUUUGACACCAUGUACAACCGAGAUUUCGACAGCAAUGCUUCCGAUGGAAAUGUAAUCUACUCCUCCUACGCAUUUUUAGACGUCGGCCACUUGUCGUCGCUUCCGAAGGAUGACGUUGAAUUUCUCAUCUUGAAGCGAUGUCUACAUGUCCCGCGCAAGGAUGCAUUAGACGAAUUCGUUAAACAGUACUUCACCGUUGUUCAUCCAUUUGUGCCCUUGAUGAAUGAAGCCGAGUUCUGGCGGCUCUAUAUGGGUUCUGGGAACUCAAAAAAGAUAUCACUAUUUGUUUUCCAGGCAAUGCUAUUUUCUUGUUGCGCGUUUAUGCCAUUAGAGACACUGCAGAGAUGCGGAUUUGAUGACAAACGUGCGGCACGAAGAGAACUGUACAAGAGAGCAAAAACCUUGUUCGACUUGGAUGCAGAAGACCGGUGUUUGGCGAAGGCGCAGGGCGCGCUUCUCCUUUCUCACCACACUUCUGCCCAAGACCCUCAAGCAGCGAGCAUAUGGUUAGCAACCGCAAUUCGCAUCGCAAUGACUCUCGAGUCUUACCCAAUGCUUCCAUCCGACGAGAUUGAUAAACCCAUGACGAAACGACUGUGGUGGGCAAUCAUGCUUCGCGAUCGGAGUCUCUCCCUUGGACUCCGGCGUCAUCCUCAAGUUACUGCAACGAACUUCAUGGCCGAUGAAAACCGUCUCCACGAAUCCGAGUUUGAAGACGAGAUUAGAAACUCUCGCGUCUUUUCUAGAGAUGUAAAGAGACAAUUGUUUGCAGCAUUGCAGGAACAAUGUAGACUAGCUGUGCUGUUAAAUGAUGGGCUUGUGAUCGUUUUUCCUCCCCCAGGCCCACUAACUCAGUCUCACUCAACCAAGGAAGUAAAAGAAACAAGGAUAGUUCUUCAAAUGGUGAAGAAACAGCUUGCACAGUGGAAGAAGCAGUCUUCAUUCUUCCCCUCGGAGACAAGCCCUAAGCUUCACGAUACGCCUGACAACUCAACCAGUUCUGCACAAAUAUCCAUUGCCCACUACGAGGCCCUCCUGGUUGAGAAUACUGAUCGGACCGCCGAGAAAGAUUAUGCUAUUCAGAUACAAGAAAUAGCCAAAGAUCUUCGUAUAGCCAUUGACGGUCUGACAUCUACCAUUGAAUACUUUACGGCUCAAAAUGCUACUGGCAUGUUACCUCUUAGCGUGUUGGCAUACGCUGGUAUGCCGUUGAUUCUUUCCGCAAUCAAUCUAAAACUGUCUCCGUCGUAUUCUCAGAUGCUAGUACGAAGAAAUCGCCUGAACACAUUUGCAGAGGUAAUUCGGCAAUCUCGACUUCUUUACGAUGUCACCGAAAUCGUUGCUGCUGGAACGAAUCGAAUCCUCCAGUUAGCUUAUGCUAUAACAAAAGAGCUCUUUCUCCGAAGAAAAAUUUCUCGAUAUACCAAUUUAUCAGCUUGCCCGUCCCUGGAACCGAGAGCCACAAGCUGGGACGAAGCAUACCUUCGAUAUCCUAGAGCAUAUCUUUAUAUCUCAAAAUCAGUGGAGUACAGUCUUUCCGUUGGAAGACUACCCACUGAGGUUGCGCUUCCGGAGCAAGUUCGACAUGUGCCAUCAAUCGUUUUAGGAACAAGACUGCCAUGGACAAUUUCGUCUCUUCCUGCACAAGCGUUGACGGAAAAGCCAUAUGAUGAGGUGCGUAAAAGUAAGGAAAAAGAGUCAGAGGUGGUUUUUGGGUUGGAUCUCAUUUCAGAAGAGCAAUGUCUUGCUGAGACUUGGGAGAGUCAAAAUAUUCAUGAGGAUCACGGGCCAUCAAGCGUAUCAGAAACCUUUAACCCAUCGUCACUCAUUUUACCACGCGUCCAUGAAAACCAGUAUUAUGCCGGAGAAAAUAUUAAUCUCGACUAUUUCGAUGUCGAGCCUGUAUUGGGUGGUUCAGACCAAUUCUUAGCUUCACCUGGUCAAGAAGAGGAAGGGCUAGUAUCGUCGACUGACGAUUCAAUGGAGGCAGACCGCCCCUCGUCAUCCAUAUCGUCACCACUAUCUGUGCAUAGCAGUAACCAAGAACCCUCCUUCGAGUCUUUUUUCCAGUUGUUAAGGGAUGAGAUGAGUUAUAAAAGCCCCAUUGAACUGUAA